AUGAAACAAAAGCAAGAAAACUUCACCGAGAGCAUGACGGGGAAGAAAUAUAAGUUGAGGCCCAGUGACUGUACCGAUGUUGAGAGGGCCAACGAAGAGAGACGGAGAGUGAUCAGUGCAAUAUCUGUCAAUUUAGCCAAAAUCAACGAUGUCAACUUGACACAUCAUCAAAUCCGAGACAUCAAUGAUACCAUCAACAGACAACUACGUCUUAGGAGAGCAUGGGAACACAGGAUCAAGGAACUUGGAGGGCCUGAUUACAUUUUGACGGGCAACUCGCACGAAGACAAGUCAUUGUCGUUUGUGGUUAAAGGAUAUCGAUACUUUGGCCGAGCUCGAGAACUGCCAGACGUUGUUAAGUUGCUAGAAGAGGCAACAAUCGAGAAGAGCAAUAAACAGAACGCUAGAGACAAGGAACAGUCUAUUGUAAGAUUCAGAAAUUCGCAGAAUUGGCCCGCUGAUUAUCCUGACCUGAUGGUAAAUAGGGAAAGUAAGUUACACUUUGAAAGCACGGCACCUUCUCCCUUCACGUUUGAAGCAACUACAGAGAGACCCGUUACAGAGAAUGUCCGUUUUAUGGAAAAGUUUUUACUGCAGAAGAAGAAGGCAUUGCUCUUGAAGAAAAUACGAUCCAAGUGA